GAAGCAUUUGACAUCAAUUAUUUGACAUAAAUUAUUGUCUGUUGAUGUCAUCUCUCCAGUAGAAAACAAAAAGUUGAUAAGAAUAGGAUAGAGAAUGGAAGUCAAAGGUAUCUUGGAUCUGAGCCUGUACUGAUGUUGUGCCUCUCAUCUUUCUAUACAUCGAGGCAAACCAAUUUCUGAGAUCAAGUUGACCUGCUCCGGUUAAGUUCAUGGAUCAUUUUCUUCAAUCCUCGUUCUAUUCAGUCUCUGGUCUGUUUGCCCUUUUAGUCUUUAUCUAUUUUAUAGUUAAAAGAUCAGGUAGAAAUGGAAGACAGAGCACAGGGUUGCCUGAAGCUGGUGGAGCUUGGCCUUUCAUAGGCCACAUGCAUCUUCUGGGUCCAAAUCAGCUGACCCAUUAUACACUAGGAACCAUGGCUGAUAAGUAUGGACCAGCUUUCACCAUCAAGCUGGGUUCUCACAAAGUAAUGAUUUUGAGUAACUGGGAAAUGGCCAAAGAGUGUUUUCUCACCCAUGACAAGAAUUUUAUAGGAAGGCCAAUUGUUUUGGCCUCAAAGCUACUGGGAUACAACUUGGCUAUGUUUGGUUUUGCUCCUUACAGUUCUUAUUGGCGUGAGAUACGCAAGAUUGUUUCCCUUGAACUUUUAUCUGUUCGACGAAUUGAAACAUUGAAGGGCUUAAGAGUUUCGGAGGUGCAGACAUCGAUAAGAGAAGUAUACAAGUUAUGGGUUGAGAGUGGUAGUAGUAGAAUUGGAGUUCUGGUGGAUAUGAAGCAAUGGUUUUCCAAUAUAACGCAUAAUUUGAUCAUGGGUAUGGUGGCCGGAAAAAGAUACUAUGGAGGUAGUGCUAAUGGUAAGGAAGGGGAGGCACAGAAGUUUGAGAAGAUGGUUAGAAAGUUUGGGUUUUUGUUUGGUGCAUUUUUGUUCUCUGAUUUUAUACCUUCUCUAAAAUGGCUGGAUUCUAAAGCACAUAAGAGGGAUAUGAAGAGGACUGCGCAGGAGUUGGAUGACUUUAUCCAAGGUUGGUUGGAAGAGCAUAAGCAGAGAAGACUGUUGAGAGGAGAGGGACCGGAAGAGAACGAGGAUUUUAUGGAUGUGAUGCUAACUAUUCUUAAAGAUGCUGGAAUAGCUGGUUUUGAUGCUGAUACCAUAAACAAGGCUACAUCUUUGAACCUUAUUUUAGCUGGAUCUGACUCCACAACUGUGGCUCUUAUAUGGGCUGUGUCUCUCCUGCUCAACAACCGUUGCAUGUUAGAGAGGGCACAAGCAGAGCUUGACACAUUUGUUGGAAAAGACAGACAUGUUGAUGAAUCAGACAUCAAGAACCUUGUUUAUCUCCAAGCAAUUGUCAAGGAAACCUUGAGACUGUACUCCCCUAGCCCAAUAAUUCCUCUUCGUGCUGCAAUUGAGGAUUGCACCAUCUCGUCAGGAUACAACAUUCCUGCUGGUACGCGUCUUAUGGUUAAUGUUUGGAAAAUUCACCGGGAUGAGCGUGUGUGGUCCGAACCAAACAAGUUUAAGCCAGAGAGAUUCCUGACAACCCACAAGGACAUUGAUUUGAAAGGACAUAAUUUUGAGUUCAUUCCAUUCGGCUCAGGAAGGAGAGCAUGCCCAGGUGUAGCGCUUGCACUACAGUCAGUGCAUCUGGCUCUGGCUAGUUUGUUACAUUGCUUUGAUAUAACUAAUAUAUCUGAUGAAGAUGUAGACCUGACUGAGAGCUUUGGUUUGACAAAUUUCAAAGCAACACCUCUUCAGGUUUAUCUUCUGCCAAGGCUUCAGCCUAGCUUGUAUCUGUAAUUUCUAGCCUGGCUUUUUUUUAAGAUAUAAAUAUUGUUUUCGUUUUCUGCAA